AGUCAGCAUUUAAGUGAGUUGUAUAUCAUCCUGUACUCAACAAAAGGACUAUCAUGCUAGCACUAGCGCUAUCAACCAAAUAACCUCAACUUUGCCUGUGCCAUCCAUCCAUCCGGAACAAAUCUGUGUGAAUGCUUGGGCGCUCAUGGUAGGCGACGGUUUCAGUCGUUUUCUCUCGCCAUCAAGCACGCUAGCUGAGAAGAGGAGCGGAAAUAUGCUACUGGCAGUUCCAUCUGUUCAGCAUCUGACGUGGCCGGCGGCAUCAGGUUGUAGAAGCGGCCAGCGGGGCGGCUUCUUCCUGGAAGCUGCUGUGAACCCCGGCGGUGUAUCAGGUGGCUCUUGGCUGCGGCUGCGGCAGAGGCUGAGACUAGCAGGGGCCGCCGCCACCAACCAAGCCAUAUCUCCCACCCCGGCGGCGACCUCCAGCGGCGACGAGGAGUUCACGGAGGUGGUGGUGGUGCGGCAUGGGGAGACCUCCUGGAACGCCUCCCGCAUCGUCCAGAUCCUUCAACAGGGACAUAUGGACCCAGAGCUAAAUCAGAUUGGUAGAGAGCAAGCCCUUGUGGUGGCUCAUCGGCUGUCAAAAGAAGCCAAACCAGCUGCCAUAUACUCUUCCGAUUUGAAGCGUGCUGCUGAGACUGCAGAAAUUAUAGCAAAAGUUUGCGGUGUAACAAAUUUGGUGCUGCACAAGGCACUGAGAGAAAGGCACAUGGGAUAUCUCCAAGGCUUGGAGUGGGAUGAUGCUGUAAAAAAAAAUCCAGAUGUUUUCAGAGGGGCUGAUAUUUUUAAAAUUACUGAGGGCUCUGAUCCUGACAGCAGAAACCAAGAAUUACCGGGUGGUGGAGAAAGCCUGAAUCAGUUAAAUGAGCGCUGCGUCUCUUACUUGAAUAAGAUUGCCCGAGAACACACUGGGGAGAGGGUUGUGGUGGUCUCCCACGGUGCAGCCAUACUGGAGCUGUGCAGGCACACCGAUCCACCUAACAGCUCCAUUCGUAGGAAGAUUCCCAACACUUCGCUGAACGUUUUCCGUGUCUCCACCGUCACCGGGCAGUGGAUCCUUAAGAGUUGUGGAGACGUCAGCCAUCUCGAUGGAAAUGACUUUCUGGAGAACUCAUUUGGCGGCGACGGGGCCUCUGCAUAACUCUUGUAGUGAGUUUUUGGAGAUGGACUCGGCACAAUCAUCGUCGGAGAUUUAGGCACGCUCUAUGUUAUUUUCUUCCGCGCGAGUACAGCAUGUAUUGUUGUUUUCUUCGUGAAUAAGGCGACUAAGUAAUUGUGCUCUAGUGUCGUCACUCUGCAAUUAACUUUCGUUUUCAUGGUUGAACUUGAAUAGCCAAUCGUCAUCAUGCUCA